AUGUCCGACGCCCCCAUCUCCCUCCUCCCCCUCGGCGCAAUCCUCCAAUCCCUCACUGUCGCCUCCCACAACAUCGUCCAAGGCUUCCCCACCCAAUCCGACUACGAAGCCCACAACGCCCCCUUCUUCGGCGAGACCAUCGGCCGCGUCGCCAACCGCAUCUCCAACGCCCGCCUCGACUCCCUCAACGCCGGCAAGUCCUACGCCCUCGCUGCGAACAACGGGCCUAAUAACCUCCACGGCGGCGUUGUGGGCUGGGGGAAGCGCGUUUGGGAGGGUCCGAAGCCUGUGGGAAUUCGUAAGAUUGUUGGAGUGAAGCAUGAUGAUGGGGAGAAUGGUGAUGUGGAGGGUGAGGCUGUCAAGUUUACGCUUGUGAGUGAGGAUGGGGACGAGGGUUUUCCGGGGACUGUUGAGGCUAGUGCUGUUUACACGGGCGCUGUGCAGAGGGUUGGUGGGAGGGAGGUGACGGUUGUGGAAAUUGAGUAUUCGGCUGUUUUGGUGGGUGAUGCGGACGAGACUGUCAUUAACAUGACGAAUCACUCCUACUUCAACCUCUCCGGCGACCCAACCAUCGAAGGCACAAUCGUAACCCUCACCUCAAACACCUACCUCCCCGUCGAUGCCGGCGGCAUCCCAACCUCCGGCCCCGCCCCCUUCGCCUCCAUCACCCCCAACGAACCCUUCCCCCUCGGCCCCGUCGACCCCGACAUCGACGACUGCUUCAUCUCCAACCUCGACCCAGCUUCCGUGCCCCUCGACACCCGCGCCGCAUGCCCUCUCGCCCUUCAUGUCUCGGCUCACCACCCCAAGACGGGAAUUCACCUCGAGGUCCUCUCCACUGAGCCCGCUUUCCAGUUUUAUACGGGGAAGUAUAUUGAGGUGCCUGCUGUUGAGGGCGCGCCCGCUAGGGGGAAGAGGAGUGGGUUUUGCGUUGAGCCGAGUCGCUGGGUUAAUGCUUGUAAUGUGCCUGAGUGGAAGGGUAUGGUUCUGUUGAAGAAGGGGGAGACGUACGGGUGUAGGAUCGUGUAUAGGGCUUGGAAGGAGUAG